UUGUUUGUGAACGGAUGAAAUUCUUCGGGGACAGUUGAGCAGGAUGAAUAUAACGUUCCUGUGGACCAGCCGGACUAACGCCACCUGACAACAAUAACAAUAACCAACCCGUCCUUUCACACCAUGGGAAGUCCCGUCCGGGUUUCCCCCGUUAGUUUGUGUUUUAUCUCCUCAGAUCCGCUGAGACACCGGCUUCAUUAGCUUAGCCGCCUAGCCGAGCCUCGUUCACGGAAAUGAACCUCGUCCAAACGUCCCGCUUCUAGUGGCUUGUUUCUGUUGUUUUUUGCGUCCUUCCUGGUUUAGUGUGAGUGUUUGCACGGGAUCUCUGCGGGUGUUGAUGGUGUUGACCAUGUGAGGUGUGGAUGAGCAGCCCGAGCCGUGCAGCAACACCAGGGAGGAGAGUCGGGCCAGCCAUGGUCCCCAGAUGAGCUCCGGGGAGGACUCGGUGCGGGCGGGCAUGUCCUCGGUGCAGCCCGGGCUGGACCUGCUGCCCGCCGGCCAGGACGACAUGCUGCUGGAGCUCAGCCCGCCCGGAGCCUUCAUCACCGGCCCGGGGUUCGGGGGCAGCGCCGGGAACAGCUUCUGCUCCGGGAACAGCGGCGGCCCGCUGUUCGAGAGGAGGAAGCGGUCGCGGUCCAACAGCUCCAGGCAUCGGUUCAACGAGGUGGUCACGGAGCUGGUCCCGGAGGAGGUGCGCUGGUUCUACAAGGAGGACAAGAAGACGUGGAAGGCGUUUGUGGGACACGAUUCGCUUAAAAUUGAACUCAUGUUUCGGAAAUACUGCGAGCUGAACCCAGAUGCGGUGCCGUCCAAGGUAAGCAGAGGAGAGGAGGAGGAGGAGGAGGAGGAGGGAAAGAAGGACGAGCAGAGCCCGGGGCAGAACGGCACGCUGCCGGGGGAGACCAGACCUGGCAGCGAGUCCGUGGACACGUCCACGCUGGACAUGUCCACGCUGGACACGUCCACCCAGUCUGAUGUCAGGGACCUGGACGGCAUCGAGAUCAACGUGGAGCCUGUCUGUGUUCGGGGCGGGCUGUACGAGGUGGACGUCAAAGAGAGGGAAUGCCUCCCGGUUUACUGGAAGCAACAAGACCAUAUUCCUGUGAUGAGAGGGCAGUGGUUUAUUGAUGGUACCUGGCUCCCGUUAGAGGAAGAGGAGAGCGACCUCAUUGAGCAGGAGCAUCUGAACCAUUUCCGUGGACAACAAACACAGGACACCUUUGAGACAGAUUUAGUGGUCAAAACCAUUGAUAGCAAAGAUGUUCUCUCCCACCUGCCCCAUUUCUACCUCCCUUUUCUGUUCAAAUGGAGUGGAUAUCAAAGGAGUGCUAAAACUACAUGUCACAAGCGCAAACGCUGCCAAGCCAUCCACAGUCUGAAGCUGAGUCGGACACAUGUGGAUUGGCACAGCGUGGACGAGGUGUAUCUCUACAGCGACGCUACCACUUCCAAAAUUGCACGCACCGUCACCCAGAAACUGGGCUUCUCUAAAGCAUCAAGCAGCGGCACACGACUCCACCGGGGUUACGUUGAGGAGGCCUCUCCUGAGGACAGACCCCCCCAGACGACGCACAUCGUCUUUGUGGUGCAUGGCAUUGGACAGAAGAUGGAUCAGGGGCGCAUUAUUAAAAACACUGGAAUGUUGAGGGAAGGUGUGAGAAAAAUGGAGGAGAAGCAUUUUUCAGACCACAGCGAUGAACAUGUUGAGUUCCUCCCUGUGGAGUGGCGUUCGAAGCUCACGCUGGAUGGAAAUACGGUUGAGUCGAUCACACCGGACAAAGUGAGAGGACUGAGAGACCUCCUGAACAGCAGUGCCAUGGACAUCAUGUACUACAACAGCCCUCUUUACCGGGAUGAAAUUACAAAAGGCCUUACACAAGAGCUGAACAGACUGUACACACUCUUUUGCACACGGAACCCUGAGUUUGAGGAAAAAGGCGGCAAAGUGUCCAUUGUGUCUCACUCCCUCGGCUGUGUCAUCACCUAUGACAUUAUGACGGGCUGGGAUCCCGUCCGCUUCUGUCUGCAGGAGCACCGAGCCGUGGAGGAAGAGCUGGAUUUACAAUGGAUGUCCUAUGAGGAGAGACAACUGUUAGAACAGCUGAAGUUCACAAGGAAUAGGCUGCGAGAGCUGGAAAACCAGCUCGUCACAUUAGAGGCCUCAAAGCCGUCAGCCCCUCCAGCUCUCAAAUUCAAGGUAGAGAACUUCUUCUGCAUGGGUUCUCCUCUGGCUGUGUUUUUGGCCCUGAGAGGGAUCCGCCCAGGUGUAAGCUGCCACCAGGACCACAUCUUGCCCAGUUCCAUCUGUAGCCGACUCUUCAACGUCUUUCAUCCCACAGAUCCUGUGGCUUACAGACUGGAGCCCCUAAUCCUCAAACAUUACAGCAACAUUGCACCUGUCCAAAUACACUGGUCUAGUGCCACUAACCCUACAUGCUAUGAUGAAGUCCGGCCCACGUUCAUUAACCCUGUCAAAGAUCCAACAUCUGACACCGAGAGCAUCCCCAGUCCAAGUACUUCUCCUGUCCUUCCACGCAAGCACUACGGCGAGUCCAUUACCAGUCUGGGCAAGGCCAGCAUACUCGGUGCUGCAAGCAUAGGAAAGGGCAUAGGCGGCAUCCUUUUUUCGCGUUUUUCCCGCUCCAACAGCCAGCCUUCGGUGUCCUUAGGGCUUGAUGGGCCCAAUGCUGAAGAAGAAGAGCAGAACCGCACGGAAAGCCAAUCAGCCUACGGCCUCUCCACAAUGAUUCGACCCACCUCCCCCACAGCUGACACUUCAUUGGAGCUGGAGAGGCGCAUUGACUUUGAGCUCCGGGAGGGACUGGUGGAGAGUCGCUAUUGGUCGACUGUGACCUCACACACAGGUUACUGGUGCUCACAUGACAUAGCACUCUUCUUGUUGACCUUCAUAUACAAGUCCACUCCAGCUGCUCCAGCAGAAGAUACUCCGGAACCAGACUGAGGAAACACAGUUGUUCACAUUUGCUAUUAGCACAAACACACACCUGAAUGGUGGUGUGCAACACUGAAGGCAUUUUUUUGUUACCAUAUAGACUCAAAGUGUCUUUAUUCUGUAAUUUUUGAUCCUCUUGUGCUACUCAUACUAACAAACUAUUGUCCGUCAUUUCUUUGUAAAUCCAGGUCUUUUUUCGGAAUCAUUACAAAGAAACUGACGCAAAGCCUCGUUCCAAGAUGUGCAUUUUUGCAUGUUGUUGAGUUUGUGCGCAAUAGCACACCCUAAGGGUGACAGCAUUGGACCAGAAACUGAGGUGCACCCUCUGCCAGUGAGACCGCAAGCUGAAAAUUAAACUGAAGAAGAGUUUAAUGAGUCUGACACAUGGACAUUUUGCAAACAGCAAAAGAGAGUUCUGACUAUUCCCAACCUUAAAUCGGAACAACAGCAGCCUGUUGAUGUUCGGUCUUUAAAUUGUCUGUUAUUCCCUGAUUAAGUCUAUACCAACACAUACAAUCUGGAGCUUUGUGACAUAUUUGCUUGAUUCAGUCACUGAAACUUAAUGUCCUCCGGUCUUUUGAAAGAGAGAGAAAUAUAAUUGUCACUUUUGUAGCUAAACAUUUAGCUGCAUCAUCUCAGAAAACCUAAUGCUGACAAAGGAAUGCUAUGCCUUUUGAAAAUCUGCCAAACGAUGUUACUUAUGUCAAAUAUUUAUAGAUUUUUCACAAUCAAAAACAUGACUUAUGGCAUUAUCCCUUUAAUGAUGUAAUAUGAAGGACAUGCUAGUUUAACUUUUUUUUUUCUUCCAUAUUUUGUUUAUUUUUGUUUUUUCCCCUCAGCUUUUCAAGAUCAUGUGAUCUAUCAAAUAGAAAUAACCAAAUAUAACCCGAAGAAAACUAUAGAAAAUAUAGUUAAAAAUCAAAACAAUCACGGCCAACUGACAUCCCAGAUACUAAAAUAACGAUAAGUUAUGGAAAUCAUUUUCUAUCCUUGUAUCUUUAUAUUGGUGUCCAGAUAAAAUCAGUGGUACUAAAUGUAUUUUUUCUUAAAAAGUUAUAUAUAGAGAGAGAUUUAAACAUAUAUUUUUCAUAGUGAUUUUCAGGCUAUUCUGGAUAUAAACCUGGAUCUCAUUGUGGUGAAAAUGGGUUUCAAACUCGUGGCCAAACUACACGUGUUUAGUUUGUUUGCUUCUCUGGUAAUACUAACGCUUAGAAGUUUUUCAUGGACAUGUCAUUGACACGCAGGUUUAAAAGUUUUUGUUUUUAGGUAUUUAUUAGUUGCACACAAGAGUUAAUUGUAUCUUGUUCACUUUUUUGUGACAUUUGCACUUUCCUCCUUUGGUCAAAGCUUGCUUCACAUUUAUUUGAACAAAGCAGUUUCUCUACUCUUUAAAAUCUGCAAAUGCCAGUCAGUUAGUCAAAGUCAUUUAACUUGUGUAAAUGAAACCACUUACAAUUUUUUUUUCAUAUUAGAUUUAAAAAAAGAUAAUAGAUAAAUAGAAGCCCCAGUAAUAUUUCUCCAGAAAUUUAAAUGCGUACUAACUUUGCAUUGUCUCAAGUAAAUUUUAAAUAAAUGUUGGAGCCAAAAGAUAAUUUAAAAAAAAUAGAGAACGAAAAAAACAAACAGUGCAGCGUGCCAACACACAUCUAAGAUUUUUUUUUUUUAAUGUAUUCCUGCAAAACCACUUAAUACAUUUUGCAAUGAUGAGUUUUCAUAUUAAUAGUAAUUGAGUUACCCACAACAGACCUGAUUACUCCUAGAGUCUAAUUUAUCCCACUUGUUGAGCUUUCAUAGUUUUCAAAGAGUUUUUUUGUGGUGCAAGCUGCAACUUCAUUGUACUGUUCCUUCGUGGUUUACCACUGAAUCCUAUCAGUUUAUUGUUGUUCACUGUCAGUGUUACGUUUGCAACAGCCUACUUUUAUAAAAACCAGGUUGCCUUGAGGAGCUGACCCGAUGGGUAACCAGGAUGUAAUGAAGCUUGAACAAAUUUGACAAAGCGACGAGUGUGUUUUAAUGUUUGAUCUGGUGGAUUUUGCACCUUCAUCAGCUAUGAAUUGCACAGAUGCUUUACUGAAAAGAUCCCCCUCUCUGCUUUUCUCUCUUUACUUGCUGAGCAUGUGAUACAUAGCAAGGAUCAAUGCAGAGAGUGCUCUCAACAUACAAAGAAAACAGGUCCACCGUUGCCUCUGCAUCUUUGAAUCACACAGUAUGGACACAUCAGAUGUACUGUAACUUACAGUCUGUAAGACUGCGGUCAUACUAUUGUUGUAACAACAACAACGUUCCUGUCAAUCAUGGUGAUUUGGCCACAUUAUCAACAUCCAUGGAAAAUAUUUUCCAUUCAAGCAAUUUUGGGUUGAAGUACAGAUUUUCUAAUGUGUUAACUCUGCUUUCUGAAAAAGUAGCAGGUUAACUGAAGAGCAUUAUGUAACAGUGCAUUAACACUUUUACUAUAUGAGAAUUCAUUUUACAGCUUUUUUUUUUUUACAUGAUUUUUUUUUUUUUUUCCUGGCAAAGGCACUGCAGCAUCAGGGAAAUGUCUGCUGUUUAUAUGUUGUUUUUUUUAGGUCCAACGCUCCUGUUUGAUGCCAGGUCGAUUGAAGCCAUCAUUGAUUACAACAAUUCAGCUCAGACAUGUCACUGUAAAAUAUUCACAAGUCAAUAAAAGAGGAUACAAAUGGCUUCCGUCCAUAUUUAGCCAGACAAGUGGAGAGUGCAUUAAAUGUUAUGCUAUGGAUGGCUUUAAUGAAAUGUGUUUAGCAGGUAAUACUUGCUCUAACUUUUGAACCAAUGUAUGAAAGUGUUUGCCUGUCCUUAGAGCUGUGCAAUAACCCAUGCCUGUAAAGGACUUUGCCAUCCAAAAGCACUAUAUUUAUUUCCUUUUAUUAAAGCAUUUCCUUUGAAAUAUAAUACUGGAUGCUGAAGUCUGUCAUGUUUCACGGAUUAUAGCAGAACGAAAAUGUUGGCCUUUGAGCCACUGUUGUGUAGGAGGAACUAGGAAUCAACAGAGGGAGAUUGUGCCUCCACACUUGUAUGCAGCUUGGGUCAGUAGGACAAAGAAGCUUUUUGUCCGUCUGAAACUGAUGAGAUUCUUUCCAAGACACUCCCCUGAAGUGAGUAACAGAGUUAGUUUACGAGGUCUUAAAUAGCCUGCAUUGUAAUCCAUUAGCAGUCAGGCUUCCAGAUGAGUUCCUCGGGCUUUUAAUGCAGUGCAGGAACAUCUGCAAAGACGAGGCUCACAGAUGGGGACCAGCUUGAUCGGAGCUGAGUCAUGCAUAAUGAAAAAGAAAAAGCCUUGCUGUUCUGUUUUUUGACCAGAAGAUGUCAGUAAAAUAUUGAGAAAUGCAGGAAGCACAACCCAUUCUGACCAUGUGUCAUAUUAUUCUUCAGUAAUAAGCCGCAACAGAUGUUAAUCCUCUAAAAUGUAAUGUUUGGUAUUGUAUGAAAAAUGAACCAGCAUAAAGUGGAAGGAACUACAGUCUUGAGUACUUUAAAAAAAAGUGUCACAUUUUUAUCUCCUCCAUCUGUCUACUGCUUCUUUGUCUUCUUCUCCAACUCUGUCCACAUCAGCAGAAGCCAAGCCAACUCCCUAUCUGGCUCUCCUGCUCUGCAUCUGACUCAGAUGUUUACUUGGCAAUUAAAACACAGCCUAUAAAAGGCAA